AUGGCCACCCCGAGUCAGACUUCCCCCUCUUCCAGCGCGUUUUCAUUCAUCUCCAAGGGUUGGCGGGAGGUUCGGGAUUCUGCAGACGCCGAUCUCCGUUUGAUGCGAGACCGAGCCAACUCCUUCAAGAACCUUGCCACCUCUUUCGACCGCGAGCUGGAGAACUUUUUCAAUUCUGCUUCCCCGUUUUCCGUUCCGGCCAUACGGGCUUCCCCGCAGGCCGAGAUUGAUUUUGUAAAGAAGUUGCAGCCCAAGCUGUCUGAAAUUCGACGGGCCUAUUCGUCGCCAGAUUUCAGUAAAAAGGUUCUCGAGAAGUGGCGGCCCAGGUCGAGGAUUCGGAUCGAUUUGUCAGCGAUAAAGAAUGCAAUUGUAUCCGAGGUUGAGGAUGGGGAUGAAAUUCUCGAUUUUGAUAGGGGUAGGAGAGCUAGGAGAUUGAACUUUAGAGAGUUCUGGGGGGAGUGGAAGCGAGAAGGUGAAGCGGAUGGGGAAGGGCAGUCCGCCAGGGAUUGGGAGCCAAUUCGAGCCUUGAAGACAACGUUUAAAGAGUUUGAGAAACGGAGGUCGUCUGUAGAGAUUUUUGAUGGAUUCAAGAAUGGCGAAUUUGUGGAGAAACUAAAAUCAGGCUUGAAAUCAAUGUGCAUGGAGCCUCAAGAUUCAAAGGAAGUGCCGCCAUUGGAUGUGCCUGAACUUUUGGCCAGUUUUGUCAGGCAAUCUGAGCCAUUUUUGGAUCAACUUGGAGUCAGAAGAGAGAUAUGUGACAAGAUAGUGGAAAGCUUGUAUAGCAAACGCAAAAACCAACUUUUCCUGCAGUCCCUAUCUGGGGAAGAAUCUUCUGCUCUUGGGAAUGAAAAUAUAAAUGAUGAAUUGGAUUUGCGAAUAGCAAGCGUCCUUCAGAGCACAGGGCACCGAUAUGAUGGUGGGCUCUGGACAGAACAUGCAAAGCAUGACCCAUCAGGCACCGAAAGACAUGUUGCAAUAGUUACAACUGCUAGUCUUCCUUGGAUGACAGGAACAGCUGUGAAUCCACUAUUUCGAGCAGCAUAUCUAUCACAAUCUGCAAAGCAAAAAGUUACUUUACUGGUUCCGUGGCUUUGUAAGUCAGAUCAAGAACUAGUUUAUCCUGGCAAUCUCACUUUUAGUUCACCAGAAGAACAGGAAGUUUAUAUACGGAACUGGCUUGAGGAAAGGAUUGGUUUCAAGCCAGACUUUAAAGUUUCCUUUUAUCCUGGGAAGUUUUCAAAAGCAAGACGUAGUAUUAUACCUGCUGGAGACACUUCUCAGUUCAUACCAUCUAAGGAAGCGGACAUCGCUAUACUGGAAGAACCUGAACAUUUGAAUUGGUACCAUCAUGGUAGGCGUUGGACAGACAAAUUCAAUCAUGUUGUUGGUAUUGUCCACACAAAUUACUUGGAAUACAUCAAGAGAGAGAAAAAUGGGGCCCUCCAAGCGUUCCUUGUGAAACACAUAAACAACUGGGUGACAAGAGCAUACUGCAACAAGGUUCUUCGUCUUUCAGCUGCCACUCAGGAUUUACCCAAGUCUGAAAUUUGUAAUGUUCAUGGUGUGAAUCCCAAGUUUCUGAAAAUUGGGGAGAAGAUCGCUGCAGAGAGGGAGCUUGGGCAGAAAGCCUUUACAAAAGGAGCAUAUUUCUUGGGAAAGAUGGUAUGGGCGAAGGGAUAUAAGGAACUGAUAGACUUAUUAGCGAAGCAUAAGAGCGACCUUGAUGGAUUCAAGUUGGAUGUAUUUGGAAAUGGAGAGGACGCUCAUGAAGUUCAGAGUGCAGCUAGAAGAUUGGAUUUAAAUCUCAACUUUCAGAAAGGAAGAGACCAUGCGGAUGAUUCUCUUCAUGGGUACAAAGUCUUUAUAAAUCCUAGUAUUAGUGACGUGCUCUGCACAGCUACAGCUGAGGCGCUUGCCAUGGGAAAAUUUGUGGUGUGUGCUGAUCAUCCAUCAAACCAGUUCUUUAUGUCAUUCCCAAAUUGUUUGACUUACAAGACACCUGAAGACUUUGUGGCAAAAGUAAAAGAAGCUUUGGCCAACGAACCCCAUCCUCUCACCCCUGAGCAAAGAUAUCAGCUUUCGUGGGAAGCUGCUACUCAAAGAUUCAUGCAAUAUUCUGAGCUUGACAAAGUCUUUAAAGGGGAAAAGGAAGGUGGAAAGGCUGUUGCAAGGUCCGCAUCAAUGCCUAAUCUGACGGAACUAGUAGAUGGAGGCCUGGCUUUUGCUCACUAUUGCUUCACUGGUAAUGAAUUCCUGAGGCUUUGUACUGGAGCAAUACCUGGUACACGUGACUAUGACAAGCAGCACUGUAAAGACCUUCAUCUCUUGCCCCCUCAGGUAGAAAAUCCUAUCUAUGGCUGGUAAAUAGACUAGUAGUUAGUGGAGCAAUUUCUGGGACUUAGGAUAUUAUCAGCACUGCAAGAACAAUCUCUUGACUUAGUGAAUGCUGAAUAGAAUAGCAAAUAGAUUUACCAGGUUGAAUUCGUAACGUUAACUAUAAUAAUAGUUAGUGGUUGUAAUUAGUUGUAAUUAGGAUCUUUCAUGCGAUCACUCCUAAGUUUAUGCAGCUUAUUUGUCAUACACAUCCGGAAUGCCAAAAUUUCAGUUUUCCCUUGUGACAUGUUUUCCCUCCUUGUAAAGUGAGUAAAAUUCUAUGGAUAAGCAUCCGUUUGACGAAAA